CUGCCUUUUCAUACAGGUUACUUCACCGAAUUGAUUCAUGUGUGAAAUUUUUGUCGAACAAAUUUUCCCAAGAAACAUGACGGAUAUCUGCGAGAAGGAUACUGAAAAAGACCGUCAAAUUCGGGAUGUACUCUGCGGCAUGCUCGAUUGCGUGAACUCUGGACUGGCUCCCGAAACGGUCCGCAUUUGCAUGGAGUUGAUGGGCCAUGGGGUCCAGCCCAAGCAAUUGGCGGAAAUCAUCAGGACACUGAAGCAGGAAGUGCCGGUGGUGGAAGUCGAAUCGGGGACUGUGACACCGGAAGAUAAGGAAACGGAGAGUGAUUCUUUAACAAUUGCCAGCAACGAAUUGAGCUUUGACUUGAUUGGCAAUCAAGGAUUGGACGCAGACUCGAGCUCCAACACUGGGCUGGAGGUAGACGCAAUUGCCAGCAACGAAUUGAGCUCUGACUUGAUUGACAAUCAAGGAUUGGACGCAGACUCGAGCUCCAACACUGGACUGGAGAUAGACGCAAUGGACAGCAACGAAUUGACCUCUGACUUGAUUGACAAUCAAGGAUUGGACACAGGCUCGAGCUCCAACACUGGACUGGAGAUAGACGCAAUUCCCAGCGAAGGAUUGGCCGAAAACUCCUUAAAUGUCACGGAAUUGAACCCAACAUCGACUGAAAACUCGAUCACCAUUGAAUCUGCCAAAAGCUCAAUCAUCAGUGAAGAAAUUAACAAGGAAUCCAACUCAGAUUUAAGCGCAAAGAACGCAAAGAACGAAAGAAUCUUAAAGAGAAUUAAAAACCCAAAAUUAAAAAGCGCAAUAGAAGAUAUUAUCUAUGAUUUGUCUGAUUAAAUUCACCUAAAAUUUAUU